AAUCGUACAGACAGAGCAGCCUGUGUAGAGUUGUACAUGUAAUAUCCGCCCCAUAUUUUGUUAAUGCAGCUAACAUUGGGUGUUGGCAUCAAGAAGCUGUGGAAACCGAUGCAGUGGAGUUGAAGUCUGAGGGAGUCUAACUGGAGUCUACAUGCAUUUUAGUAAAAUGGAAUUAAGGAAAGAAAACGACGACAACGGCGGAUGCAUCAGUUCAAUGAGUCCAUCAGAGAACAGCGAACGGAACUUCAGCAGUGACCAGGAUUCUGACUAUGAGAGCGACUGUGCCAGGGAAUGCUAUGAUAUUGACGGUAAACCUCUUCAACUCCGACUUCUAGGGCGCGGCAGUGGAGUUUCUGUCCUCGAAUUUGACACCGAUUCAUUUUUUCACCAGGAUCCUGAUCUGAAGAGAGCGGGUGAGCAACACGGACUUGUGUGUAGGAUAUCGGGAAAUGCUCAAAUUGUGCGGGAAAUUUUAAAGUCUCAUGGGUUUCUGGAGACACACAGGAACACACGGUGUUUUAAUUUAAAUUGGGCAGCCAAUCAUCCGAGUCCUUACUACAUCCGUAAAAUGGCACAUUUUCAAGUCAUAAACCACUUUCCUCAGACCAAAGAGCUCACAAGAAAAGAUAAACUCUUCCACAAUAUAAUUAGAAUGCAGAAAACAUACGGCAAGGAGCAGUUUGAUUUUGUACCAAAGAGUUUUGUAAUACCCAACGAAUACAGAGCAUUUCGAUCAAGCUUUAAACAUGACAAAGGACCUUACAUCAUAAAACCUGUUGGGUUGUCUAGAGGCAGAGGAGUUUCUCUUAUAACUAGUUCAAGAGAAGCAUUAUUAAAAACAGAAUCAGGCAAAAGAAAUGUUGUUUGCAAAUAUAUAACAAACCCUCUUAUUCUUAAUGGUUAUAAAUUUGACCUGCGGAUUUAUGUGGCUGUAACCUCUUUUGAUCCUGUGGUGAUCUACAUUUACAAAGAAGGAUUAACUCGGUUUGCCACAGUCAAAUAUAACAUGCACAGCGGAACCUUUCAAAAUCUGUGCAUGCAUCUGACAAAUUACAGCAUCAAUAUGAUGAAUGAUGAUUAUGUUAAAAAUAUAGAUCCCGAGGUUGAGGAUUUUGGCAAUAAGUGGUCCUUAGGGGCAUUACUGCGUUAUCUGCGAUCAUUAGGAAAAGAUACUACAGAAAUUAUGACUCAGAUUGAAGACGUGGUGAUUAAAACUGUUUUGGCAGCUGAAUGGAGGAUUGGCAUUGCGUGUAAAAGAUACAUCCAAAACAGAAAUAAUUGCUUCGAACUUUUUGGUUUUGACAUUCUAUUGGAUGAAAAUUAUAAAGCUUGGCUGAUUGAAGUUAAUUUAUCUCCUUCAUUGGGAUGUGAUGCCCCAAUUGAUGUCAAGAUAAAAGGCAACAUGCUUUGUGAUCUGUUAAACUUAGUUGGUAUUAGAUGUUUCAGUGCUACUAAUUAUUUUCGUGGCUUCAAGGAAGGAAAAAUACGGAGGAAGAUUAAGGAGCGUUUACAAAUCACAGUGGGUUAUUACUACUAUACUAAGUGUAGAGAUGCCUAUGAAGUUAUUUGGGGGUUACGGAAAGCAAGAAAAGACUUCAAAAGUCUCAUGCAGGAGGAAAUGAAUAAACGGAAUCUUCAACCUGAGAAAAAAAAUAAAACAGAAAAAAAGAAAGAAGAGAAGAAAACCAAAGAGAAAGAAAGUGAGUCAGCUAAAGAAAAAGUGAGUGCUAGAGAGAACGAAAAAAAAAGACAAAAAGAAAAAGUGAUAGAAAAAGAUAAAAUGAAGAAAGGAGAAAAGGAGAAAGAAAAAGAAGGAAAAGAAAGAGGAAAACAUAAAAGCAAAGACCUGCAUACAUCCAACGUCCUGACCCUCCAGGAGAUUGACAUGAUACGAAGGGUCAGGGAGGAAGAGCUGCGAUCUGGUGGAUGGCUGAGGAUUUUCCCAGCUCCAGAUACAUGGGAUAAAUACUGGCAGUUCCUCACAUUUCCAACAACAAGUAAUAAAGUCCUUCAUCAGAGACUCUACCCAGAAAUGCACAGUUGUAUGAGUGCUGGGAAAAAUGCUGGAGCGGGGAUGGUCACUUUAUCUGAUAAGGAAAAUGAGCUGUUGUAUAAGAUGACGGGUAGAAAGGCAGAAAAAGAUGAGAAAUUUAGCAAGGCAUACAUUUACACACUUCAACGCAUGGAGAAGUAUGAAACUCCUUUAGACAAAAUUCCCCCUCAAGGAUUUGGUAUUAAAUCUGAAACAGAAGAUGAAAAUGAAGAAAUGAUCAGUGAAGAUUUUAUCAAAAACUUAACCCACGAGGUACCCCAUGGAGACUAUGAAAUGGCAAUACACCGGGAUGAGUUAAGAAAACAUAUUUUUCAACAGAUGGAGAAUGGUGUUACACUUAGUGAAACUCAAGCAAGGAUCAGCUUGGCCUUGUACUUAGCUUUUGCCAGACAGAGACUGAUAAAACCAGGGGGUGACACAAUGGACGUGACCCCAGAACAACUGGACCUGCAGGAUCUGUUGAACAGGUUUCUGCAACAGGCCCUGCUAAACAUCCCCUGCUCUCCUGCUCCGAAGAAACCCUCACAAUCCCCACCCACAAACACAGAACUUGUCGCUCAGCGAUUGGCCAACUUCAUUAACAUAUAUGUCAAGCAAACACAGAGAAUGAUUGCAGAGAACUGUCCAAAGAUGGACACAGACCAGUUUGAAGGGAUUGACCCAGGGAAAUUCAGACAAUUUAUUUGCUCUGCUAAUGAACAAGACAUGGAGGACCUGUUGACACUGUAUGCACAACAAAAUGACGCUGUUGAAAUAUUUUUUGGAGCUCCCUAAGACUGAUGGCAAACUUUUGCUUUAUUUUUUAUACUUAAGGCUUAUUACUAGUUGACUUGAAAAUGUGCAACUUUGCUAUCACAGUUGUAAAGUACAAAGUAAUGGAGUUGAUUUAAAUUCUCUUUAUUAAAGCCAGUAUAAAUGGGAGUGCUAUGAAAUCAGUGCUAUGAAAGUAUGAUUACAGUUUACACUUACAUAUUAAAUCAUGUAUUUCACUUACAUUUUAAAUAAUGUAUUUCUAUGAAUUUUUUGUCUCAACUUACAGAUAAAUUGGUUUAUAA